AUGGUGGAGACCUGCCUGCCCGGCGACGAGCCGCUCGUGCGCCCGCCGCCGCCCGACCCCGACCCCAAGGACGACCCGCACCGACACUUGGCUCCCCCUAGACACUUGGCUCCCCCUAGACAGUGCACAGCCGAGAGCAGCGAGCUAUUCGUGAACUGCCUCGAGGCCAUGGUGGAGACCUGCCUGCCCGGCGACGAGCCGCUCGUGCGCCCGCCGCCGCCCGACCCCGACCCCAAGGACGACCCGCACCGACACUUGGCUCCCCCUAGACACUUGGCUCCCCCUAGACAGUGCACAGCCGAGAGCAGCGAGCUAUUCGUGAACUGCCUCGAGGCCAUGGUGGAGACCUGCCUGCCCGGCGACGAGCCGCUCGUGCGCCCGCCGCCGCCCGACCCCGACCCCAAGGACGACCCGCACCGGCUCGCUGGUACAUACACUAGAUCUCCCGUUGAGACACUUGAUUCCCCUUUGACACGUGACUCCCCCUUGGACUCCCCUAGACACUUGGCUCCCCCUAGACACUUGGCUCCCCCUAGACAGUGCACAGCCGAGAGCAGCGAGCUAUUCGUGAACUGCCUCGAGGCCAUGGUGGAGACCUGCCUGCCCGGCGACGAGCCGCUCGUGCGCCCGCCGCCGCCCGACCCCGACCCCAAGGACGACCCGCACCGGCUCGCUGGUACAUACACUAGAUCUCCCGUUGAGACACUUGAUUCCCCUUUGACACGUGACUCCCCCUUGGACUCCCCUAGACACUUGACUCCCCUAGACACUUGGCUCCCCCUAGACACUUGGCUCCCCCUAGACACUUGGCUCCCCCUAGACAGUGCACAGCCGAGAGCAGCGAGCUAUUCGUGA